CCGAGCACCCAGGACGGACGAGGGGUGUUGGGUCAUAUUCGGGCUUACGUAAAGUUUUUAAUGGCAACAUGAAGCCUCGUAAGCCCGAAGGUAACUAUUUGACUGAGGAUGAUCUUUUGCAGCGUCUUCCUUCCCUUCUGCAGCAGUAUGGACUAUCUGUGUCCGGGAGUGCUCCAGAAGGGGCAUCCAUGUCGCAGCACACACCGUCUGUACCACCUCAUUAUGAGCUUCAGCGUAGUAGCAAGGCGUCUACAGAUUUUGUUGACGUCGCCGGUGUCACUGAGGUUAAGGUCUCUGUGACCCUUGUGCUUCCUGGAAUGGGUGAAUAUACCAUUCCUUGUCCGACUGAGCAUAUAGAGACUGUGGCCGAUUGCUUGGGGAGCUUCGUUGCAUGGCCUAAGUCAUUGGUGGGCAUUGGAGAUCCCCCAGUGCAGACGGCUCAACAUGACGACUUCUCAUCAAGCAAAUCUCGUCCCAUUCUCGGGGUACGUCCCACUGCUCCUAGAUCUCCCGUACAAGAUGUUGUUGACCAGAGCUUAUACGUCACUUUCGGGCCGAGGUGCAGAGAGUUGUGUCAGUGGCUGACACGCACAUCUGCUUUACCUACCAUCAGCGUUAUUCUCAACCCUGAGUCUAUGCUCUAUCCGAAUGAGACGGAGCUGAGGAUGCGCCCGGAGAAUAUACGUGAGUUCAUGCGACGAGAGGAGGUGGAUCAGACCAUCAUCAUUGUUUUCUUUAGAUUGCUGUACGAUCAUAUGAUGGAGCUGGACAUUGCGUCUGUCGGGUUGUUAUGUCUUGGCGAUUACUUCGGGAACGACAUAUGCCUCAGCUUAAGGCUCGACCGGAUUGGGUUGAUGUUCCAGGAGUACCCCAACAAGAAGGGAAUGUUGAUUGUGGUUAUUAUACAAUGCGAUAUUGUUGGCUCAUCGUCAAUAUCUGUGCGAAAUGUUCAGUACCAUUAUUCGAGGUAUUUCAGUCUACUUUGCCUUAUACUAGAGCCGAGUUAGAGGAAAUUAGAGAGUUUUGGGCCAGGGGUUUUCUCGAUGAACUUGUGUAAGUUAGUAGAGUACAAUGUAGUUUUAGGAUUUAGUUGUAUUGUU